GUGAAGUGAAUCUCUCAACCGGAUUUCCACUAUUAAAUUAAGAAUGUUUUAUUAUUAUUCUUCAUGAUCAACUUCUAGGUUCCUCAAAGCCUCAACUCGGCCCUGUGGGCCCUCAGACAGGAGAGGGUUUGGGGACAAAGUGUUAAAACAAUCUCACUGCAAGGUCCAUUUAGUCCAUGUUGUGGGCGACUUACACAUCCAUGUUGGUUUAAAAGCUGAGGUCCAAAGUUAAUUAUUGACCUUAAAAAAGUGCUCAGAUAACAAAAGAAAUGUGUGAACAUCUUUAAAUCCAUGUGGCAAACUCCAUGCUGAAUAAUGGUGUGAUCAAAAAACAGCUACUAAACAGACCUUACAGUGAGAUUGUUUCUCAACUGCUGUUUCUAAGGUCAAGAAUGAUCUGAACUUAGAUCCUCUAAGUUGCUUUUUUUAAUGCGCUUUCAAUCGCUUUCAGCCACAUCUCAGUCUUUGUCAGCAGAUGCAGUUAUGAAUAAUGUAUCAGUGAAAUAGUCAUUUUAUUUUAAUAUCAUGACAAACGUUGGAGCCGUUAGGCCUCCUGCAUAGAAGCCCCGCCCACUGAAUGAUGGUUCAUGGUUGCCACGACAACACCAAGCUCUACUAGUACUCUACUACUUUGCUCUGCUCUGUUCAAGAGGACCUGAAACCGGUAACAAAAUAUGUGUUAAAUUUCUCUUCUGUAAUAUUUAUUUAUGACCAAUUUGACACGACAUAACCUGUAAAAUCAUACGGUUGUCUAAAAGUUGACAAAAAAAGAAUCAUGGGUUUACAAACAAGCCAAAUCCUAACAGCUAACAACGCUAGCGUAACGUUAGCUAAUAUUACCCAGAAGGACUAGCGAAACAAUGUUUGCAUAGUUUUAACGAUAAACGUGAGUUUUCAUUUCGGCAAGCUGUGUUUGGUCCGCGUGCUCAACUGCUGGACUUAUACUGUAUGACGUCAACACUGUAUAUGUUGUUUAACUCGAUAAUAAUUGACUUAAACGUCAAUAUAUUUAGGUUGUCGUCGUGUAAAGACAAGGUAGCGUUCAAGCAAAGGGAAAGCUGUCAUGUCUGACCUGCAAAAAUCCCAAAGAAGAGAGAGCAGGAGGUACAGCAGGAGGUACUCAGAGAUAAGCCAUGGAUUCAGAGGCAGGACAAGAGACUCUAUAAGUAAUGUGUCGAACUUAGAUGAACCACACCAUGAUGACACCCGUUUGGCCGUAACAAUGGAGAACACCUACCAGAUGGGACCUUACAGACGCAUCCCCAUUCCUGCUGUCACAGACAUACUGAAGGAUGUACUCACCAAUUAUCUUCACGAGGAGAAAUAUGAAGUAGAAUGGUCUCAAAGAAUGACAAAAACAAUAUGUGAGGUGAUAAGAGCCCGUGUGAAGGACCUCAUGAUUCCACGAUAUAAGCUUGUCGUCCUGGUCCACAUCGGCCAGCUCACCGGGCAGAGCAUGAAAGUCAGCAGCCGCUGUCUGUGGGAUGCAUCUAAUGACACCUUUGCGUCCUACUCCUUCAAGAACAGCUCUCUGUUUGGCCUGGCAACUCUCUACGCUGUUUACUUAGAGUGACUGAAGCGGACAGUGAAUAGAUUUACGUUGGUUGUGCAUUUCUCGAUACAAAAAGUGUAGAGUUCUGUUGAAGAGUUCUGUAUCUAUGUUGUAUAUUUUGCCACGUAUAAAGUGAUAAAGCAAGAUUUUUUUCUUUUAAAGCAAAAUUCAUGGUGUUUUAUUUCAUUUUUGGUAGCAUGGAAAAUUAAAUCACAUUAUCCUAACAGUUCUGAAGAUUUUAUUUUUAAACUAAUAUCAGAUUGAUGAUGACCCUCUUGGUAUGUCCUCCUCUAGCAGAGCAUGGAGAGGUCACUCCUUCGACAGCCUAGUUGACAGCACACUGAUAUUAUCGCCUGCUUCUGGUCCCGCCAAUAACGCUCUAUUGCUGGCUCAUCUGUCAUCUUCAGUUUUGGCUCCCUGCUACCUGCGUAGAGACAUCGGGCCAUCAGUCAUUUAUAUAUCAGUUGUGAAAUUAUACCUCGAAGCUACAAAGACCAUUUCAAGUGAUUGUGUACUCACCGGCUGGCAAAGCCUCCUCUUCUCCCAUCAGUCUUCUCCACCUGGAUCCUCCGCAGGUGUACACCACAGCUCUCACGAACGCCCGGCCACACAACCUCAGUGAGUUUGUGUUAUCCUCUGCCUGAACCUGUGCUACACACAACAUGCACAGCAGCAUCACAAGCAGGAGUUGGGAUCUCAUGUUGUUUGUUCUCAAGGAAACAUCUGUCUUGACCAUGUUAUACUGUGGUCCUGGCAAACCCUUUUAUCGAGAGUCUCCAGUGAUGUCACAGACUUUCCC